UUUACGCUCCUUUUUUUCUUUUUCUUUUCAUAUCACUUUUUUUAUUAUUAUUAGUCUACGGACUUCCCUUCCCUUUCCCUUCUUUCAUUCCUUAUAAUGUAUAUUCAACAAAGUUUGUUUUUAGUAACAGCUUUAUUCUUAGGUUUCAGUACUACAGCACCUACUCCUGCAACACCUAUUCGUUUACCUCUACGUCGAAUUACAAAGAAUAAUGAAUUGAACAAACGAGACUUUUUAAGCUCACUAGAUCAUCCUCUUCUUAGUAACUCACCUUUAUCCACCUCUCUCUUGAACGACAUUGAUCUCUUUCAAUAUGGUAUUGAAGUUCAAGUAGGUACACCUGGUCAAGAAUUUUUACUUUUAUUUGAUACUGGUAGUUCAGACACUUGGAUACCCUCUCAAAAAUGUACCAAAGAGAAAGGAUGUUUAUCAGGUCGACAAUAUGAUCCUUCUCAAUCAACCACUUAUCAAGGCGAAUUGAAUAAGGUGAAUAUUACCUAUGGUAUUGGAGCAGCCACCGGUCAUUACUUUGUUGAUCGAUUACAAGUAGGUGAUCAAGCCAAUCUAGGUAUUCCAUCUCAAACACUUGUCUUGAUCGAUGAUAAUCAAGGCCCUAUCGCUCAACAAUCUACAGCCAACGACAACAAUGAACAAGAUGACAACAGCCUCCUUAGUCCUACUUCUUCCAAUCAACAUCCUUUGAUUGAUGGUAUUUUUGCAGCAGGUUUCCCGGCAGGUACCUUGAUGGCACAACAAAAACAACAUGAUCAAUAUACGCCUUAUCCAAUAGGUUUAUGGGAAAAUAAGUUGAUUCCUGCCCCUCUCUUUAGCUUGACAAUGGAUGAAGGUUCAACACAAGCAACUGGUUCUGACUGGAUAGGUGAGGUGAUGUUUGGUGCAGUGGAUGAUAGCAAACAUACCGAUGUGAUUCAAUAUACAUCAGUGAUCAAACGCAACGAUGGUGUGUAUUCGCAUUGGAUGGUAGGUGUCAAUGGUUUUCAAUAUGACAAUGGUACCAACAUGAAUUUCCAUUUCACUGAGCCUACUCAUUUCCUGGUGGAUUCUGGUUCCAACUUUAUGUAUUUACCCAAAGGUUUAUCUGAUCAACUGGCUGAUGUGGUAUCCAAAGGUACUGCUACAUGGACAGGUGCUACUUACCGUGUGGACUGUGCUCUGAUGGAUGAAAACAAUAACGAUGGCAAGGCUUUACUCAAUGUGAUGUUCCCUCAAUUAGACAAUAACACUAUUUCCUUUGCCAUGUCCGUACCUGUGGCUCGUCUGGUGGGCAAAAAUGGUGCUGAUGAUCAAUGUAUUCUGUAUUUUGCUCCUUCUCAAACAAGUAAUGUGUUUACCUUGGGCAAUCUUUGGUUGCGUCAUUUUGUUUCUGUAUUUAACUUUGGUGAUUAUCGUGUUGGUUUCUCUCCAUUAGCCUAGAUUUGAUGUGAUUCCUUUUUCCCUUCAAACUAUUUUAUUACAUGAUUGUUACCCUCCAUCUAGUCCUAUUUAUUUAUCUUUUGUUUUUGUUUUUUUUUUCCUUUCCCUUCUGAUUGUAAAAAUAAUAAUAAAAAAGAAACAAUAUUUUGAUCGUAUGAUUGAUUUUAUU